AUGCAAGAACUGGUCUGGCCUCCCCCGCCCGCCGCCUCCUCCUCGUCUCAACCUGCCAACACAUCGUUACCCCUCCCCCAUCCGGAAGCGUACGAAGGUGAACCUAGGGAAUAUGCAAGAGCGUUGAUGCAGAGGAAAGAUGAUAUCGAGAAGGAGAUCGAAGCUUUGAAAGACGUUCUGAAUUCUCAUGGUGUGACCCAACAGACUCAGUUGAUAGAUAAUGAGGGGUAUCCGAGGGCUGAUAUAGACAUUUACGCCAUUCGUCAUGCACGAUCCUCUCUCGUCAGAUUACAGAAUGACCGACAAACGGUCUCGGAUCUACUGGCCACAGCAUUACAAGAUGCAUUCUCUAGACCAACAUUGUCUUCUUCAUCGAAUAUACCCAAUGGUACCAGUCACGGACCACAACCACAAAGCACUUCGAACCAAGUAAAUGGUAAUAGCUUUGCUAGUCAAUGGCCAGAAAAACCAAUAGCUAGGGUUAAUACUGUCGCGCCGCAGAGUCCUGCUUCGCAAGCUGGACUACAACCUGAUGAUUUGAUACACGAUUUUGCAGGUGUUACGCAUACUUCUCAAGGUGGGAUACAAGCUAUUGGAGUUGUGGUAUCGAGAUCAGAAGGUGUUUCUCUGAAACUCUUGGUCGUUCGAGGAGAUCAGAGGGUCACAUUACAUCUUACCCCGAGGAAUGGAUGGGGUGGUAGGGGUUCGUUAGGAUGUCAUAUCUUGCCUAUAUAA